AUGAAGCCUUCCUGGUUACACAGCCUCCAUUUAGUCGCGUUGGGAGUAUUAUUGUAUAUCAUCGACCUUUCUUUAGCUUCUUUAGACGGCUAUGUACCCGGUGAAGAUUACCCAGCCUUCGAAGAGGUGCCCAAAGGUUUGGCCUUCACGUGCGAUGACAAAAUCCCUGGUUACUACGCUGACCCAGAAACCCAGUGCCAGGUUUGGCAUUGGUGUGUUCCAAGUAUUGGUGGUAACAUCCAAUACUCGUUCCUUUGCAACGCGGGGACUGUCUUCAAUCAAAGAACGAGAGUGUGCGAUUGGUUCUUUAAUGUGGACUGCCCCAGCGCACCAGCAUUCUACGCGAUAAAUGAAGAUCUCUACAAAGACGAAGCCGGCAACUUUAUCGCGGGCAAAAAGUAG